CUGUGAAAGUCUCCUUUUCCUACAGCAGGAAACCAGUGUAGAUGAAAGUUAGUAGUACUUGCCAGGAACAAGCUCCAUUUCAUAUUUGCAAAUACACAUAAAGGCACCCUUCAUUAACAGCGCGGGGCUUCCUUUCCUCUGGGCUCCGCAGUCCCCUUAGGCAGAAUUCUGAACAGCAAAUCAGCCUUCGCCACAACACUGCAGGACCGCAGGGCAGCGACCAUGAGUGAAAUUGCCAAACAUUCCUUGGAAAAUAUCUUACCACAACUGAAAUGUCACUUUACCUGGAAUUUAUAUGACGAAGAAAGUUCCUUACAGGAUUUAGAAGACAGAGUUCGUGAUCAGGUAGAAUUUCUAAACACAGAAUUCAAAACGAUCAUGUACAAUCUGUUUGCCUAUGUUAAACACCUCAGAGGCCAGCAUGAGGUGGCCCUGGUAUACCUUCGAAGAGCAGAGGAGUUUAAUCUGCAGCAGCAGGGCCACCAAGGCACAAUCAGAAGCAUGGUCACCUGGGGGAACUAUGCAUGGAUCUACUAUCACAUGGGCAGAUUCUCAGAAGCUCAAGUUUACAUCAACAAGGUGGAAAAACUCUGUAAGACAUUUGCAAGCUCCUAUAGAAUCGAAUGCCCUGAGAUUGACUGUGAAGAAGGAUGGGCACUUUUAAAAUGGGGAGGAAAAUACUAUGAACGGGCUAAGGAGUGUUUUGAGAAGGCUCUGGUAGAGAAACCCACCAAUCCUGAGUUCUCCCUAGGACUGGCAAUCACACUGUACCGCCUGGGUGAUGAAGCACCAACCGAAAACACCAUUCGCCUCCUGAGGCAGGCCAUCCAGCUGAAUCCUAACAACCAAUAUGUUAAUGUUCUCCUGGCUCUGACUCUUCAAAAGGUCAAGAACAAAGCCGAAGUUGAAGGAGACCAGUUGGUUGAAGAGGCCUUGAAGAAAACACCUUGUCCAACAGAUGUACUCUGUAGCGCUGCUAAAUAUUACCGGAAUAAAGGUUCCCUGGACACAGCUAUAGAAUUGCUCAAAAAGGCAUUAGAAUCAGUACCCAACAAUGUCUACCAACAUCUCCAGAUUGGAUGCUGCUACAGAGCAAAAAUCAGACAAAUACAGAGGUCAAGAAAGUGCACCACUAACGAGGAGGAAGAAAAACUACGGGAAAUAAUGAAAAAUGCUGUGGAUCAUUUUAAAAAAGUUGUUGAGUUGAACAUCAACCUCCCCCGGGCCUGCUCGGACCUUGCCUGCCUGUAUGCUAUCACAGGCCAGUACGAUGAAGCCGAGUAUUACUUCCAGAAAGAAUUCAGUAAGGAUCUUUCUCCUGCCGAGAAACAAGUGCUCCACCUUAGGUACGGCAACUUCCAGCAGUACCAGAGGUUGAGUGACGACGUGGCCAUCCACCAUUACCUGGCAGGCUUGAACAUACGUGGCUCAUUGACUGAGAAGGGAAAACUGAUCAUAAACCUAAGGAGAAUCGCCAAUAAAAGACUCUCUGAGAAUGCCUCAGAUGCUGUGGGGUGGCAACUGUCCAGAUUCAUCCAGGAACUGAAUAGAAAGGGGCAAUCAACAGCUGGAGGCCCUGGGAGAGGACUGGGAUGCCCAUUGGGCAAUCCGGCCUCAGAUGCUGGCAGAUUUGACCCUUCUGUGUCCCUGGAUGGGAGGGGUAGGGAUGAAACCUCAGAGGGUACAGGUGGGGCCCACCACCCAGCAGAGCAGAAGGCCCUCCAGAGACCUCCUACCAGGUCUCUGCACUUCAGAGGGAGGUUCUGGGAAUUCUCAUGCAAAUGCAGAUAUUUAGAAUCAACUUUUCUUCUGUCAUAUGGAUGACAUAUUGCUUUGAGAUUAUGUGACCAUGGUUUAUUCUCAUUGUGUACCAGAUUCCCCAAGAGAUUCUCUGGCCCAAUGCUCAGCACAUUGGCUGGCACACAGUAGUCACUCAGUAUUUGCUGAGAAAAAAGAAACUAGGACUCCCCUGGUGACUGGUCCCACCUCCUGGCUUCUUAAACUUCAAAAUGGAUUCUUUAUAAAUCAAAGUUUUCAGUGUUCAAAAAAUAGAAAUCAUAAAAUUGCCUCAAUAAUUCUUGAGAUAAUUAAAAAAAAAUCUUAGGGUCUGGAAGUUGUAUGUAUGAAACAAAACCCCAAACUAUUAAUAAACUCAACUAUAUUACAAUAUAUCUUGCAUGAAGAGAAUACCUUAAAAACGUCCAAAGGUAAAUGACAAACUAAAUGAUAAUAUUUCUAAACAUUACUAGGUUAAAAAAAAUUAAUUUCCUUAAUAUUGAAAUAGUUCUUGUAAAUCAAGACCCAAAAGACAUCAGCCCAAGGGGAAAAAUGGGCAGAGGUCACSAAUGGACAGAAAAUGAAAAUAGCUUUUAAACAGAUGAAAGGAUUGUUAGUGUCAUUCAUAAAAAGCAACUUAAACCAACACUGCAAGUGAGGCUAUUUCAGAUCAGCAAGAAAAAUCUCUUUCCUAAGAGUGUACUACCAAGGACAUAGAUAAAUAGGCUGURUCAUGUGUUGCUGUUAAAAUAAUAAAGGAUAUAAUAGGAGGGAAAUGGUUGAUUGUC